UUACAGGACUACAUUCUUUCUUACAUCACAAACAAGAAAGCAGUCUCACUUGUGAUGAUGGAACCAACCUACAACCAUACAAUGGAAUUCCCUGCCACCUUCUUCCUUGUGGGAAUUCCAGGACUGCAGUCUUCAUAUCUUUGGCUGGCUCUAUCUCUGAGUACCAUGUACACAAUGGCAUUGUUAGGAAACACCCUCAUCAUGACUGUAAUCUGGAUGGAUUCUACUCUCCACGAGCCCAUGUACUACUUCUUGUGUGUUCUGGCUGCUGUAGACAUUAUUAUGGCCUCCUCUGUGGUACCCAAGAUGGUGAGCAUCUUCUGCUCAGGAGACAGCUCCAUCAGCUUUAACGCUUGUUUCACUCAGAUGUAUUUUGUCCAUGCAGCCACAGCUGUGGAGACAGGGCUGCUGCUGGCCAUGGCUUUUGACCGCUAUGUGGCCAUCUGCAAGCCCCUACAUUACAGCAGAAUUCUCACACCUCAAGUUAUGCUGGGAAUGUGUGUGACCAUCACCAGCAGAGCUGUCAUGUUCAUGACUCCACUAAGCUGGAUGUUAAGACAUCUGCCUUUCUGUGGCUCGAAUGUGGUUCCCCAUUCCUACUGUGAACACAUGGCUGUGGCUAAGUUAGCAUGUGCUGACCCCAUGCCCAGCAAUCUCUACAGUUUGCUUUGUUCAUCCAUCAUUGUGGGCGCUGAUGUGGCCUUUAUUACUGCUUCCUAUGUCUUGAUUCUCAGGGCAGUAUUUGGUCUCUCCUCAAAGAAUGCUCAGUGGAAGGCAUUAGGCACAUGUGGCUCCCAUGUCGGGAUCAUGGCACUGUAUUAUCUACCUGGGAUGGCAUCCAUCUAUGUAGCCUGGCUAGGGCAGGAUACAGUGCCCUUGCACACUCAAGUGCUGUUAGCUGACUUGUAUCUGAUCAUCCCACCCACCUUAAACCCCAUCAUUUAUGGUAUUAGGACCAAGCAAAUACAAGAGAGAAUAUGGAGUUUGCUGAUGCAUGCCUUCUUUGUCCACUUCAAUCAGGGUUCAUGA